AUUUCACAGAAGAUAACGGAAAUGUCAAACACCAUCAUUUUCACGAAAUUUGCCGUCUAUAAAUGAAAAAAUCCAUUGUUGUGGUAGGAUAAUGUCAAGGCUGUUUCAGCCUUCAGGAUUGCCACUAUCUAAACCAAAUAAAAAAUAUGUUAGGACGACCAGUACAGUGGGAACCUCAUACCAACCAUGGACACAAACAUCAGGAAUGACAAAUGCGGUAACUUCAGAGAGAGUUAGAUCAAGACCUCCAACUGCUGGUAUGGAGUCACAAAUAACGAACCAUACUGAUGAAGAUGACACGUCAAGACCAGCUCCAGGUUUCACUAGAAUUGUACAUUCAAACACUAAAGUAAAAGUCACCUCCUUAACGGACGAGAAGGUUUACGAAAAAGUUGACAGGUCCAUUCUUCCUGCAGGUAGAUCGAGAGAAGUAUACUCCAUAAGUAGUUGCUUUCUGGAUAUACCUUUUUUAUAUUAGUUGAAUUCUUAUAGGGACUUCAUGUGGUAUGAGAAAAUCUGCUGUUGUACCUAUCCCCCCACCAUCUUUGCUUCGAAAAGAAAUGCAACUUCAAAUGACUGAUAUGGCUUCAAAAACGCCAAUGGGUUCGAAAAUCACAGCAGUAGGUGCUAAAAGAGCCAAAGUAAGUCCAUUGAAAGAAAUGAUGACCCCAUCUGGUGCAGAGCAGGUACUUCAGAAGGUAAUAACAGAGAAAAGAUUAGAGAGAACCAAAUACGGUGAAGUUGUAGUAAAAAACAUAAGAAGUUUUGGGAAGGAUCCUGGUACUGGAGCAACCAUCCAAACUGAAGAGGAGUUCCAGAAGCUCAAUCCUGCAUAUCCAACUGCCAAGGGACGAAUCAAAGAAAUCGUUUCUGUGGUGAGCGAAAGAAAUUUCACAGCUCACUAUAUCACGAGCAAGAAGAAUAUUAUUAAGGAAACGACAAAGUUGACUUCGGACUUAGGCAUGGACAAGGCCAAGGUGGAACUUCUUGUAGAAGAAGAGACGCAAGAUGUCACCAAUAUCCUCAAGAACAGCCCUCCGGAAUUGGUUAACCAGUCCUCUGAAUUGUUUCCUCUGAGAAAACGAAUUCAGAAGCUGAAACUCAGUCCAGAAAAUGCAGGGAUGUUGGAAGAAUGUAUUACAACGUCACCAAUAACAGCAGAUUUAUCUCCACCUGAACCGUCUCCAGAACUUAUAGCAACAAUAUUGGACACUUCCGAAAGGGCCAACAUGUCUAAGAUACCAACCGCACAGAUAUUCAACUCGCUGUUCGCUCUCGAAGGGAGUAAGGGUGGUCCUGCCAUGACUUUGAGUCCCGCAACUCCAGGACCUUUGAGAAACGUUGUGAUACCAACAUGCAUAGAUGAAAAUGUUCAAGAAGACAUGUUAAGUGAAAACAUGGAGGAGGUAUCUACUUUGGUUCAUCUUACUGAUAAUAAGCCUACUGAAGACGCUUUUGCCAGGCUGAAACCUUCAAAUCCAAGGAAGAGAGGAAGAAGAAGACGACCCUACAAACCUCUAUCAGAUGAAGACCCUCCAUGGAGUGAGGAAGCUUUGCUUAUUUCCAUUGAAGCAGUCGCAGCUCGACCAUCAUUUUCGAUGCACGCCAGCAAUAUUCCACAAGCUGUAUCGAGAGGAAAGUUGUUCAAGGAAACAUUUAAAGGUAUCGAGUACAUCCUGGAUUGUCAGCCAUUGCAGUACUGCUCUAGGGUACAACUAAGAGGUUCUCAGCCGCCCCCAUGGUUUCCAGGAUAUACGAUGGCGCUUUCAGAUAUAUCCGAUUCUGUGAAAUUAGCUAAAUCCCCCAGUGAAGUUUUGUUCUCUGCUUGGAGAUCUGUACAGCCCGACGUGUUUUCAGACGAUUCAGUUGUGUAUAAUUAAAAAGUUUUCGAGAAAUGACAAA